CUUCACAGCUCCAGGGGUUUAAGACCUCACGGCAGCUUCCCUGGGACGGCGAUGGGUGGUCUGGCCCCCGGGUGCUCGGAGAGCCGGCCUGGGGCCACACCAGGCACCGCUGUGGCCGUUGAACCCUGGGCUGCCCUCUCACCCAGCCCUGGCUGUCCAUUUGGCAGCAGCUGGGUAACCUGUGCCCCCUCGCUGCUAGGUGUGGAGAGUGGGUUCCUCACACCUGUUCAAUACCUGACUCUUUCUUUUCUGCUUCUUCCUAUUUUAGAAUCACUGAAGAAUUUCUCACAUUCUACACCACCAGAGGCUGCUGGGCAUAGCAGAGCUAAGCCCCGUGUCUCCAAUAUGGAAGUGCAGAACCAGACAUGGGUCACCCAGUUCAUUCUGGUGGGGUUCCCGGGGAGCUGGGGCGCCCGUGCAGCCAUGUUCCUGAUGUUCCUUGUAGCCUAUAUUUUGACCGUGGCUGAAAACACCAUCAUCAUCCUGCUGGUGCAGCAGAACCGGCCACUGCACAAGCCUAUGUACUUCUUUCUGGCCAACCUGUCCUUCCUGGAGACCUGGUACAUCUCCGUGACCGUACCCAAGUUGCUGUUCAGUUUCUGGUCUGUGCGCAGCAGCAUCUCCUUCACGCACUGCAUGAUACAGCUUUACUUCUUCAUCGCGCUCAUGUGCACAGAGUGUGUGCUGCUGGCUGCCAUGGCCUAUGACCGCUACGUGGCCAUCUGCCGCCCGCUGCACUACCACACCGCUAUGAGCCACGGGCUCUGCUUCCGCCUGGCUCUUGCCUCCUGGGCCAUAGGCUUUGGCAUCUCCUUGGCCAAGAUCUACUUCAUCUCUCGUCUCGACUUCUGCGGCCCCAACGUCAUCAAUCACUUCUUCUGUGACAUCUCUCCAGUGCUCAACCUCUCCUGCACCGACAUGUCCCUGGCCGAGUUGGUGGACUUCAUCCUGGCGCUGGUCAUCUUCCUCUUCCCCCUGUCUGUCACCGUCCUGUCUUAUGGGUGCAUCCUGGCCACCGUUCUACGCAUGCCCACGGGAAAGCAGAAAGCCUUCUCUACGUGCGCCUCCCACCUCGUGGUGGUCACGGUCUUCUACUCGGCCACGAUUUUCAUGUACGCCCGGCCCCGAGCCAUCCACGCCUUCAACAUGAACAAAGUCAUUUCCAUCUUCUAUGCCAUCGUCACCCCUGCUCUCAACCCUUUCAUUUAUUGCCUGAGGAACCGAGAGGUCAAGGAGGCUCUGAAGAAACUGGUCUACUGCCCGGCCAUCUGCUCUGAGUCGUCUCUUACAAAUGAAUAGAAGGAAACACAGGAUCUGGUGUGCGGCCUGCCCUUCCAUCCCCAGUCCUUUCUCCUUUAACGCCUCAGCUGGGUGGGGCUCCUGUGAACAGGGCGUCACCACAUCCACAUCAACCUGAGGCCUACCUCCGAGCAUGUGUGCCGUGCUCUGUGGAAAUAGCCCUUGUGUAGAGAAUUCUCUUUGGCUGGGCCCCAACGAUGAGGUCUCUAGGCUGGGAGUAAAUACUAAGCUGAGUUAGGCGGGGAGAGAGGUGGCAGCCUAUGGGUUAGCUCUUUGGGGAUACAGCACGUAUAAGGGCUUCGAGACCCACAGACUGGUGCUGGCUUCCUGAGCUCCCGGCUUCCAGACUGAGUGUGGGGGCGUGGCUUCCCCACGAUUUCACUCUGGAUGGUGAGCUGGGGGUCAGUCUUGGGGGCAGAGAGUGGAGACUGUUCUGCUAGGCCUUCCACCGUGUUUCGUCGGCACCUGGUUCCCUGUAUUAGAUACCUUCCUGCUUCCAACGGCGAUAGCACUUUCUGUUAUCUGUGCGUGACAGGUACCUUAUACAAUUGCAUCCCGUGUUCUGAUACCACUUAUACAGUUGCUUUGUGUUUGCCUUCCACCCUUCCCCUCUAGAUGUCACAACAGGUUUGUUGGCAUCCUCUAGUGGAUGAGCACAAAAUAGAUGACAAGUAAAAUGAUCAAAUGUACUGU